ACAAAGCGAAUCCGCGGAAAGGCGCAGACGACGCUGAAUGUGUCGGCACAACUUCUGAAACUUUGCGGUCUACAAUUUUCAUCAUGGAAGCGGGCCCGACACACCGGACUGGUUUCCCAGUGUCCAGAGUGCGCAUGAUCAUGCGGAGUUCACCGGAGGUCUCUUGCAUAGGCCAGGACGCCGUCCAAAUCACCACGAAAGCUGCGGAAAAAUUUGUGGUGUUCUUGGCACGAGAAGCGCUAAAGCACAGCAAGGAUCACAGGACUGUCGAGUAUUCCGACUUGGCUGCCGUCAUAGACGCUCAGGAGCGUCUGAAUUUUCUUAAUGAUAUUGUCCCACAGAAGAUCAAGUACAAGGACUACCUGCGGCUUGUAAAAGACGCCGAGACCAAAGAACAGCUCAAGGAGAAGCAAGCCGAGGUGUAGCCGGGGAAAAGUAGCAGCAAUGAUGAUGUCAUCUAUACAUCACAUCGCUGUAAUAUACAACAAGCCCUAUCAGCUGUUUGUUUUUGUUUUUAUUUUCCUUAUAACCGAGGCAAUUGUUGCUAUUUAUGCCUAACAAAUAAACGUGUUUUCUUUUUUC